CAACAGUCUGCAGCUUCACACUUUGGUUGGUUUAUUUGAUUGUAACAGGUAGUUUGUGCUUCUGUGUGGUGAAGGAGGAGAGCAGAGAGGAGAGGGAUGCUCUCAUCACAAAGAAAGCAUGAUUGUAUGGGCCGAAAUUCACAGGCGCGUUUUCAGAUCUGAGCACUUUUACCUGAGAUCCAAACACACUGCCUGCUUUUCUGUCGAGUUUUUAUUUUUUAUUCUUUCCAACGGCAUCAGCUAAUUGCUAGAAGGAAGCCAGACACUGAUCAUAAACUUGGAUCUCUUUCUUUGGAGCUUCAGCUCAUCAUUAUUAUGGAGGAAAAUGUUCAAGGAGAAGCUCAGUGUCCAAAGAGUUCUGGAGGGGAGUCCAACCGGGCCAUCCUGCCUCUGCUGCAGCAGCCCGGAGUUCAGCAGUCCACCCGGGUCACCAACUUCUACAUAGACAACAUCUUAAGGCCGGACUUUGGCCGAAAGAGAAAGAAAGGCACAAUAUGUGUUCGGGGAGGAUACGGGCUGGAGGAGAGGAGCGAGGUGUCACAGAGAAAAGCUUCCAGGACGGACUCAAAGCGCGGCAGGACAGGAGGCGGAGAGGACAGCCUGGGGACGUCCGAGCACCAGGAUGCGGGGACAGAGGCGAGCGGCCCCGGGCUGACAGCCUGCGACCCAGGCCGAGGGAUCUCCUGCCGCAGCCCCGAGAGCAGCGCGGCUCCUGCGGCCCCUGCGGCCCCUACGGCUCCUACGGCUCCUGCGGCCAAGCCGAUGCUGUGGCCCGCCUGGGUUUAUUGUACCAGGUACUCCGACCGGCCUUCAUCAGGGCCCAGAUCCCGCAAACCAAAGAAAGCCCUGACCCCUAGCAAGGAGGACAAGCGGCCCCGGACGGCCUUCAGCACCGAGCAGCUGCAGCUGCUGAAAGCAGAGUUCCAGAAGAACCGCUACCUCACCGAGCAGCGGAGGCAGAACCUGGCCCUGGAGCUCGGCCUCAACGAGGCGCAGAUCAAAAUCUGGUUCCAGAACAAGCGGGCCAAGAUUAAAAAGGCAUCCGGGAAGAAGAACUCUCUGGCGGAGCACCUGAUGGCGCAGGGGCUGUACAACCACUCCGCCGGCCGGGAGGCGGAGGCCCGCUCCGACAGCGACUGAAGCCUGCACAGCAGCAGCAUCCUGCACAGCAGCAGCAUCCUGCACAGCACCACCAUGUCUGACAUCACAGUUCUGCUGGACUGUUUGAAGCGCGCGCUGAUGGGGCCGCACGCCGCACGUGGCAAACUGAGAUACAGCCAGAAGCAGUCUCACAGACAAAUCUCUUGAAAUGUUUUAGAUGUAUAGUUCUUUCAUCUUGAAGGCUCAGCUGAGGCUCCAGGCCGGCCAGAACCACCGGCUGGCAGCCUGGCUGCUGGAACCCAAAGACAGCAGCUGCUUCAGCCGCUUCAUGGUAGGCCUUCUGUUUAUCCAGCUGUUCUGUUGCUACAUUUUCCUUUGUGAGUCAAAGCUAAGCUAUGUUUCAUUUUAGAGCUGAUCUGGCAGCAGGCGCCUGCAGAGCUGCUAGUUUUCUAGGAUUUCAAUCAUUAAUGGACCUGACCGGAAAUGCCUUUGAUCUGUGGUUCCAGUGCUGCCUUAUAGCGUUUCCCUCAAUUUCCCUGCAAACUAUCGGUGUCAAUAAGUGGGAUCACGCGCUCUUAUUUAUAUCCAACACAGCCAGAAUACAGAGCAAAGACGCUCUGACAUGUUUACAUAAUUUAUUUUUCUACACAAACCUGUCUUUGAAUGCAACGUUUGGCGGAUCAAUGAUUAUGAAUCCAAACCAAAUGUUAGCCUUACAAUGCAGUCAACUUUUUAGUUUCCUUAAAUUGCUUCUGUUUCCUAAUGAAGAUUUUAUGUUUUCAGUCGUUUUGUCCAUUUCUG